GAACUGAGUUUUUGUCUGCUUAUGAAAUUUGGUUGUAGCUUUCAUAAUCCUUCGGCCUAUAGCAAUUAUAAAACCUCCUAGCCCGGCUUCACUAUCUUUCUGAAUUUUCAGCUCCAAAUUAUUUUUCGUUUCAAAUUCCAUCCACCACCAGUUCAUCUCUUUCUCGAUUCUUCCUUUUGGCCGAUUAGUGCUAAUCGUUUUCUCAUCUGAGGGUGGAAUUUGAUACUCUGCGGAGUAAAAUGGCGACUGGAGCUGUUCCAACUUCGUUUACCGGUCUCAAAAGCCGGGAUCAUCGUGGCUUGGGGUUCGGAAAGAGUUCCGACUUUGUUAGAGUUUCUGACUUGCAAAGGGUUAAGUUUGGCAGGAGCAAGGUUGCAGUGAUAAGAAACUCAAGCAACCCUGGUUCAGAAACUGUUGAGUUCAAGCCAGCAUCGGAGGGAAGCCCACUGUUAGUUCCCAGGCAGAAGUAUUGUGAAUCCAUACACAAGACAGUCCGGAGAAAAACCCGCACAGUGAUGGUUGGAAAUGUUGCUUUAGGUAGUGAGCAUCCCAUCAGAAUUCAAACAAUGACUACCACAGAUACAAAGGAUGUUGCUGGCACUGUUGAGCAGGUUAUGAGAAUAUCAGAUCAAGGAGCUGAUCUUGUUAGAAUUACGGUGCAAGGAAGGAAAGAAGCAGAUGCUUGUUUUGAAAUUAAGAAUACCCUUGUUCAGAAGAACUACAAUAUCCCUCUGGUGGCUGACAUUCACUUUGCUCCACCAGUGGCUCUGCGAGUUGCUGAAUGUUUUGACAAAAUUCGUGUUAACCCAGGAAACUUUGCUGAUAGGAGGGCACAGUUUGAGAUACUAGAAUACACUGAUGAUGACUACCAGAAAGAACUUGAGCAUAUUGAGAAGGUUUUCACUCCUUUGGUUGAAAAAUGCAAGAAGUAUGGCGUGGCAAUGCGCAUUGGAACCAACCAUGGUAGUCUUUCAGACCGCAUUAUGAGUUAUCAUGGAGACUCGCCCAGGGGAAUGGUGGAGUCUGCAUUUGAAUAUGCAAGGAUUUGCCGAAAAUUGGACUUCCAUAAUUUUGUGUUCUCAAUGAAAGCAAGCAACCCAGUUAUUAUGGUUCAGGCGUACCGCCUCCUUGUAGCUGAAAUGAAUGUUCUAGGAUGGGAUUACCCAUUACAUCUGGGAGUAACUGAAGCUGGUGAGGGUGAAGAUGGAAGGAUGAAAUCUGCUAUAGGAAUCGGAACACUCCUUACAGACGGCCUAGGUGAUACCAUUAGGGUUUCUCUAACUGAACCUCCAGAGGAGGAGAUAGACCCCUGCAGAAGAUUGGCUAAUCUUGGAAUGAAGACAGCUGAACUUCAGAAAGGAGUGGCACCAUUUGAAGAAAAGCACAGACACUAUUUUGAUUUCCAACGUAGAACUGGUCAACUUCCCAUUCAAAAGGAGGGUGAAGUGGUUGACUAUAGAGGUGUGCUUCACCGUGAUGGUUCAGUUCUGAUGUCAGUUACUCUGGAUCAGUUGAAGUCACCAGAAUUGUUAUACAAGUCCCUUGCAGCAAAACUUAUUGUCGGAAUGCCAUUCAAGGACCUAGCCACUGUGGACUCAAUCUUGCUGAGAGAACUUCCCUCGCAAGAUGAUAAAGAUGCUAGGUUGGCACUCAAACGUCUGAUAGAUGUUAGCAUGGGAGUAAUAACCCCUUUAUCAGAACAAUUGACAAAACCAUUACCCAAUGCUUUGGCCUUGGUAACUCUCAAGGAAUUGUCAUCUGGUGCUCACGAGCUUCUUCCAGAAGGUACACGUUUGGUAGUCUCUGUGCGUGGUGAUGAACCCCAUGAAGAGUUGGAAAUUCUGAAGACUACUGAUGCUACCAUGAUCCUUCAUCACAUACCAUAUUCAGAUGAGCAAACCAGCAGAGUUCAUGCUGCUAGAAGGCUCUUUGAGUAUCUUUCUGAGAACUCGCUGGACUUCCCAGUUAUUCAUCACAUAGAGUUCCCAAAAGGAAUCCACAGAGAUGACUUGGUUAUCGGUGCUGGCACCAACGCAGGAGCGCUUCUGGUAGAUGGACUAGGAGACGGUAUUCUAUUGGAAUCCCCGGAUCAAGAGUUUGAGUUCCUCAGGGAUACUUCAUUCAAUUUGCUACAAGGCUGCAGAAUGAGAAAUACAAAGACGGAAUACGUGUCAUGCCCAUCUUGUGGAAGGACAUUGUUCGACCUUCAAGUGAUUAGUGCAGAGAUAAGAGACAAGACAUCUCAUUUGCCUGGUGUUUCGAUUGCAAUCAUGGGUUGCAUUGUGAAUGGCCCUGGAGAAAUGGCUGACGCAGAUUUUGGCUACGUUGGCGGUGCUCCUGGAAAGAUUGACCUUUAUGUUGGCAAGACUGUGGUGAAGAGAGGUAUCGCAAUGGAGGGUGCAACAGAUGCACUGAUCGAGCUGAUCAAGGAGCAUGGUCGGUGGGUGGAUCCACCAGUCGAGGAGUAGAGGUCAUAGGUUCUAGCAUUGAAUUUCUAGAGAAGAUCAUCUGCUGCUCAAAGCAAUACUUGUGCAUGAGGAUGUGGUGAUAUAAUACAUAUUUUGUGUUUUUUCAAUAUUUAUGAUAAGCUCCUUUCACUAUUGUUGAAAGAAGAGCCUCAUACCAUUAGUAUGACUAUAAAAUAAUUGAAUGAAUGCAAGAGAAUGAUUUCAUCA